AUGAACCUUAUGAGCAGAAUAAAUAUAGCCAUUGAUGUUGUCUAUGCUUUGGAUUAUCUCCACCAUCGCUGUGGAAAACUGGUCGUCCACUGUGAUCUUAAGCUGAUCAACAUUCUUUUCGAUGAUAAUAUGAUUGUCCAUGUUGGUGAUUUCGGCUUAGCCAAGUUUCUGGAGAAGGUUUCUUCUCAGUACUUGGCAGGUUCAACUGGCCUCAAAGGGACUAUUGGAUAUAUUGCUCCAGGUGAACAUGAAGGAGCUCAAAGCAUGACUACUGCAAAACCUAUGGAGUUUGUCUUCUCAAGCGAACUACCAGUAGAGAGAAUGGAGAUAGAGAAACUCUUGAAGCAACUAAAUGAGGAUUUGGAUUAG